UCCACUGUCCCUUCUCCAGCCACAAGUUCCAGCAGCCUCCUGCUUUUCUGCCUUGUCUCUUGUAUUCACAGCUCAUAAUACUAGCAACCACUCAUAGCGAUGAGUCAUCCGAACCUCUACAUUCUUGCGGCUGACAACCCGUCGGCGGUUCUCAGCGCCCUACAGUCGGAUUCUUCCCAAGCGUCAUGUCAGGACGAACAUGGUUAUUCGCUACUCCAUGCCGCCGCAUCUUACGGACAUAUCGAUCUUCUCCGAGCGCUUGUACAAGAGCAUCAUGUCAAUCCAAACCUAACCGACGAAGACGGCGAGACCUGUUUGUUUGUGUCGGAGACCUUGGAGAUUGCCAAAUGCCUCGUGGAAGAGCUUGGCGUUGACCCGAAACACGCCAAUGACGAGGGUCUGACAGCCCAAGAGACAAUAGAGAGCGAUGGGUCGUUCCCGGAAAUCGUCAGUUAUCUCGGACAGAUUACUGGGGGCAGUACUUCUGAGGUCGCCCAAGCCCUGCGAGAUGUCCAUGCCCCGCCUCCUCUUCCCCCGAAUGUUAGCGUCAAUGUAGGCACAAUGACAGAGCAAGAGGUCGAUGGAGAAGCCGGGGAGGUCGAUUCUGAGUUUCGCAGGCGCAUCGCUGAGUUGGCAGCCAGAGAAGACUUCCAUAGCGAGGCAGGCCAGAAUCAGUUACGGGCGUUGGUAACAGAUGCGAUCAGAGGCGUCGGCGCAGAGACUCAGAACAGAGACGUUCGGCAAAGAACAGAAUGAGCUUCAAGGCAAUAAUAUACAUCACCAUUGCGACAUAUAUUGCUGAACUUCCUCUGGUUGCUGGAGCUGACUGCUGUAUGGACAAAACAAGCAACGAGCCAAUGCCCACUCUCGAUAUCCAUAUGUCGGACGACUAUCGAGUCUCUGGAUAGAGAACUUUGGUAGAAUGCCUAGGGCGAAUUUUGCAAUUCCCAAGAAGGCACGGCUGAAGAAUUAGAAGAAAGAUCACUGAGCCUGAUCAGUGAACUUGUCGAUAUCAUUACGAUAUAAUACUAUAUAUGUACAUAAAUUGUUGUGGCUCGGCGGCCGGCGGUGGCGGUAGCUGUGCAGGAAGCUCCCCAGCCCAGGCAAAUACCCCACACCAUAGUUUACUCCUUCAUCA